UCUAUAAAAGGGGAACAGCACAAUUCUUACCCUUUCAUUUUCCUCUCCCAACACUAGCCAGUGAGAAACUCCUCAUUCUCCUUCUUCUUCUGCUACCCAUGGCUUUGUCUUCUUCUGAGCCUCCUCCACCUUCAGUUCCUGCUCCCGUUCAAUCUAACCCUCCUCCACACUUGAUGUACAAAAAUCGUUUACAAGAGUUUACUUCAAAGUCAGGCAUUAACUUUCCUGUGUAUCAGACCAUUAAUGAGGGACAGGAUCAUAGUCCAAAAUUUAGGUCGACUGUGUGGGUCGCUGAUAUGGGUUACACUUCCCAAUCCACAUUUUCCCAUAAAAAAGCUGCUGAGCAGGAGGCAGCUAGACUUGCUUUGGAAAGUAUCCUUAAGAGGACCAGAGAUGAAGGACUCUCUCUUGUCAAUCAGAUUUCUCCAUUUUCCAAGUCUAUCAUGAAUGAGUACGCUGACAAACUGCAUGUAGAACAACCUACAUACAACACUGAUCAGCAACAGCUAGGAGGGGUGCUUCCUAUCUUUAUAACUUCUUUAGUUUUCAAUGGUACAAGUUACACUGGUGAUCCAGCUAGAACAAAAAAGGAAGCUGAGCAGUCAGCCGCAAAGGCUGCAAUUCUUUCAAUUAUGGGUGAUUCUAGCUCGGGAACUGUGCUUGUUGAGAUUAUUAAGUCAAAGUCUAUAUUUUAUGAUGCAAUCAAAGGAAAGGGACGAUCUCUGUCACAGCCUAGUGCAGUGUUAUCCACAACAAAUGCAGGACAGAUCUCUAUUACACUGGAUCAUAAAGAUACAGAAGUUGCAGCUUGUGUGGCUGAUAAUAAUAAUAAUGAGACUAAAGUUGAAUUUCCUGAGUUUCCUAAGAUGCUUUCCACAUGUCAAGAACUCCAAAUGAUACAUCAAGAAUCUUCCCUUGAAGCCAAUAAUGUCUCUUUGCAGCCGGGUUCAGAACAUUCCAUUGAUAAUGAUUCAACUUCAAAAAAGCGGAAAAAGAACAAGAAGAAGUCUAAUAAGAAGUUACGGUCACAGACUCCGCUGUCACCGAUUACUGGGGUUCCCUUGAACCAAGUCCCUCCACGUACUGGAGUUCUCAUGAACCAAGUUACUCCUUGUUCUACAUUUCUCAUGAACCAAGUUCCUCCUUGUACUGCUGUUCCCAUGAACCAAGUUCCUCCUUGUACUGCAGUUCCCAUGAGCCAACUUUAUGCUCGUACUUCUCUCAUGGACCAAGUCCCUCCUCGUACAGCUCCCAUGAACCAAGUUAUGCCGUGUACUGCAGCUCCCAUGGACCAAGGUCCUCCUCGUACUGCAGCUCCCAUGAACCAAGUUCCACCGUGUAGUGCAUUUCCCAUGAUUCAAGUCGCUCCUUGUACUUCAGCUACUGCAGCUCCGAUGAACCAAGUUCCCCCUGCAGCUCCGAUGAACCAAGUUCCCCCUUGCACUGCAGCUUCCAUGAACAAAGUCCCUCUUUUAUAGGUGGCACAGUAAAAAUGUAAAGUGUGAUGAAAUUCUUGUGUAUGUUGCAAACUCUCAGACUAGAGUUCAUGGAGAGAAAACCGCAGAUCCUUGUUAAAAUUUAGGAAUUGUUGUUAAAAUCCUUCUUUAGUGGCCGUUUUUGUUUAUUAAGCCCGUGUCUUUCAUGUUUUGGGCUUCAAACUUUAUAUCAUGUUAAAAUUGAUCUUCAAAUGUUAUAUCAUGUUACAAUUGAUAUUGUAUGUUUACCUAAUGGUGUCAUACAUUAUUGGUUGGAUUUGAACUUAAAUAAAUGUACUUGUUAAAA